CAAAUGUCAAUUUGCUGCAUCAAUCAAUUUUCUGUAUUUUGCACGGAUAGGUAUUUUGGGAUCUCAAUUUUUCUUUUUGCCGAGGUGCCAAUUUUGUAUUAAAUAUCUUACAUUGGUGUUCAAAUAUCCAGCGUUUUAUAUUUAGAAAGUAAUCAAUAAUAGUUUAGAACUAGAAUGAGCAGAAAAGAGCAUUUGAAAAAAUCUCUUGGUAUAACCGAGUACCCAUGGAGUUCUGAUGACGAAGAUCCUCAUAUGUCAGAAGUGAAUAUGCUGUUGAGGACAACCUACGAGAAUCGGACCAGCGUUGCAGAUAUGCCUGGUACUAGUGGUCUACAACAGCUGCCUACACUGCCAACAUCACCGAUUAUACCGGUUCAAAGGGUCCAAGUGAAGCAAGAGAGAGACUUAUACUGGCCAUUACACACGCACACACACACUCAUACACAUACUCAUGCUCAUGCUCAUAAACCGAUUGCUGGAACACACACAUGCGGUGCCAGGAUGCUGGACAUCCAGCCAAUAAGCCAGCCGUUCCCGAUGCCGAUGCGCUCUGUGAUCCACACGCCGGCCGCAGAACUUCGCGAGGUGCGCCCUACGCCCGCUGAGAACAUGCAACGGCUGUUCGCUUUCAAGAAGCUCACCAAGAUUCUCCCACGGCAGAACCGCGCCGCCAAUGCCGGUACGGCGACGCGUGCAACCACAACGCGUAAUCCUGUAUUUGCGUCGACGAGUACGCCAGAAGUGACCCACCUGACCUUGACGAAGAACAGGGCCCAACUGGCGCUGAAGAGGCUUCAAAAUAGCCGCAGCACAGUGAGCUGGGACAGCCAUAGAUGCGAGCGGUGGAUGUUAAGUGCAGCAAGCGCGCGGCCGGAGCAGGUGCAAGCUUCGGGCGGGACACGCGCGCUUCGGCAGAGCACGGCGCCCGCGGCCGGCGAGACGCGCCAGCUGUUCACGAUGCCGGCCGCGCCGCCGCCGCCGCCGCCGCCGCCGAUUCCUGUCGUCGAGAUUGAAGAUGUCCCUGAAACCAACACCACCACCCCCGCUGCCGAAGCCGAAGUUAUCGCUGACGCAUCAGACGAGCCUAUUGAUGUGGAAAUAUCAAACAACUCUUCAAAUGGAGGCGUCUCGUUAGAAGAAGAAAUCGUCGAAAUAGACGCACCCGAUGAGACGGAAGCAAACGCCACGGCCGAGGAAAACAACAACAAUAACAACGACAAUGUCGUUAGCUCCGUCGUGGUUCUCAACGAGGGAGCUGCAGCUACAAAUGAAGUGGAUGCUACUGAUGGGCUGCAAAGCCCGGAGCGAAAGAGAAAGAGGGAAGCAAGCAACUCCUUCACUGCUCCAGAAGAAGGAGAGCCCGUCACCGUUAAGGAAUUCAAUCAGAGCCUGCUUCGUCUGCUGGAGUGCCCGGUGUGCCUGGAGUGGAUGGAGCCGCCGAUGUCGCAGUGCCGGCGCGGGCACCUGGUGUGCGGCCGCUGCCGCGCGCGCCUCGCCUCCUGCCCCGUCUGCCGGACCACCUUCUCGUCCGUGCGCAACCGCGCCAUGGAGGGGGUGGCUGAGAUGGUUCGCUACCCGUGCCGGCACGGCUGCGGGCGCGAGGUGCGGCUGCGGCGGCGCGCGGCGCACGAGGCGUCGUGCGAGGCGCGCCGCUACAACUGCCCCGCGCCGGGCUGCGCCGACCGCGCGCCGCUGCCGAGGGACAGCCUGCACCAGCACUUCCAGAGCAAGCACCCCGCCAUGAUCAAGACGGGCAGCAAGCACAAGUUCUCGCUGAAGGUGAACUCGGAGCAGCACGAGUCGUGGCUGGUGGCGGCGCUGCACGAGUACUUCUCGCUGCGCGUGGACGCCGACUUGCGCGCGUGGGGCGUGCACGUGCACGUGGCCUACAUCGGGCCCAAGUGCCACGCCAAACACUACACCUACGAGGUGUCCAUAGUCGGGCAGAACAACUCCCGCAAGCUCUCAUACACGCGCGCCACCCACAGCGACCUGGAGAACUACUCGCUCAACGUCAGUUCCCAAGACUGUUUCCACCUCACCAUCGACCAGGCAUUAGCUUUCCUUCGCAUCAAGAACCGCCACAGCGAGCCAGACAAGUUCCUCGUCUUCCACGUCGAGAUCAACGAGAUUGACACGGAGAACAGAGACUCGGACUCCUGAUUCGGAUCCAUAAAUCAAAUGCUCCGGCGGCGCAUCGCCAAGGCCACUAAAAUGGCUCGGCGCACCAAAUUCAAGAAACAAUGGCCCGAGAUGAUCAAGGAAGUGAUGCAGUGAACUGUGAUGUGUGUCCGCUCUCGAAUACGAGGUAUCGUUAUCGGUUACUAUCUUCUUUGUAGGACGUUAAGCGGAAUUGUUUUUCACCUUUCUUCUUUAAAGUUUUUGUGAUGAUAUACCGUAGCCAUGACCGAUUCAUGUGUAACCCCAGCAAAAUGCCGAUUUAUUUGUAUUCAGAUGAACUCGUAGCAUUUUUUUUAUUUUUUAUUAUAGGUAAAAUACCUGUAUUAUAGUCCCUUCAGUCAAAUCUAUUUUCUUGAAUACUUGUGAAAACACCUCUCGGUACAUUUACUUGAGUGCUCUAGUCAUUCAUUUAAAUUUUUGGUAAGAGGUAACGUUUUGCGGGGGUAACGCAAACAACAGAUUGCGAUACUUGUCUAGAAAUGGGGCGUUGGCGUGACACACUCACAGGUGAUGAAAUUCUGCAGUGAUUGUUGUGACGUAUACGUUAUUGAGUCGCUUGACAAAGAAAUGGACUUUACAUAACUUUUAGUAUAAGUUCAAUACUGUCAUAUAUUUUAGACAAGUUAACUGUAUAAUUUAGUCAGACAGAAAACUUGUGCAUCGUCCGCCUUGGGAUAGGCCAAAAUAAAUAUGCCAGUAUAAUGGAAUAGUAACUUGCAACUUGCAUGUCAGUUGAUGGCAUGUGUUUCUCGCUAGAGUUAUGUGCCAGCGCAACCGACGGUUUUAAAGUGUAUUUGAAUAACAUAUUUUAUCAGAAAUGUAAGCAGCAAACCCUUCAUCUUUACGGUUGUACGUUCAUUGCUCACGUAUGUCGUUUGUAACACCUUGAUUACGCAUAUUGCAUGUCAGAAAAUCCAAUCUUUGCAUUCUUCUCGCAUGCCAGAGACUGACUAGCCGUUUAUCUUAUUAAAACACAUUAAAGUAACUACGUUCACAGUACUGGCACGUAUAUUACGGCCUUUAGUUAAUUGUAUUUUAUGAAAUAAUAGAAAAAGCAGUUCACAACUGUCCUGCCUGUCUCAAAUAAGUUUUUAUUAUCAUGCACCCGGGCUAUAAAUUAUCAUCAUCGAUUUAUUGGUAAAUAGAGAAAUCCAUAUAAUGUUAUUUUACACGCAUGUUAAUUUAUAUCGUUUCGUUUAAAAAUUCGGAAUUUGUUAAAUUUUUAUUAAUAGAUAAUGUUAAGUUUAUAACAUCUUAAUGGAAUAGUGAAUCUAAGGGCCACUUAGAUUUUCGAUAUUAAAUAAAAUGUAGGCUAUUUCAAAAACUUUUCUAUCGACUACGAGAUACAAUGUUUUAAGAUUUUGGCCGUAAGACCUUAUUUUGUGUGCAUAAGAAAACCAUACUAACAUUAAGACACUUGAAUCAGGUACUUGUUUUAAUAUAAAACCAGUAAGUACUAACCCUUUUUAAUGAGUAACUGUAAAUAUAACCAAAGAGGAUAGAAGAUCCUAACAUAACUAUCAUAUAAGCUAUUAUGUAACAGCUGUUAGUUUGCAAUAGCCGUUUUAUGAUUAGUGAACAAUAGAUGAUUAAUUUCUAUAGUUAUUCAACUAAGUGUCUAGAGCUGUUAUAAGGCUUUAGUUUAGUUAUUAGAUUAUAUUAUACAAUAUUCAUAUACCUAUUAUGUAGUUGGCGUUUAGAAGAACUAGAUUUUAAUAUUUUAUUAUAUGAUCUUAAUCAACUAUUAAAUUAUGGCGAAGUCCAAGUUAAGAAAAGUGUCAUACGAUUAUGCUAUAUUGAUCAGUGCGAAUGCGAAUAUUCUUUUAUAACGUGAAUAUUCGUCUUAUAUGACGAAUGCAUGCGUUAAUAGGGGACUCGACAUCACGGAUAAUGAGCCAGUGUCUCAUACAUUACCGAUUUUUAAAUGAAUUAUCUGAGAAUAGUCCCCUAUUUGGCAUAUUUUGAAAAAGCAGUAAAAUAGAUGUAAAUGGUAAAAAAGUACUUAUGAUUUGUGCGCAUCAUAACGUCUCAUUCUCGUAUGUAAUAAAAUAAGUCAGUAUUUGUUUGCAUCGACUGGGGUGUAUCCUACUAUUUCCUUGUCUUAAGUCAGUGUUAUAAGCGCCACAAGGGAACUUAAACCGCCUAUCCCACCUUUAUCGCACCAUAUUGUGAAUACGUUCUCACUUAUAGGAUAUAAUUAAUUAUGUUAAAACCAUUUUUCCCAUUGUGUGUUUCAAUUUCUAUGAAAAUGUGGGAUACACCCAGGAUCUGCAUAUGCUUAUUUUAGUGCCCAUAUAAAAUUAAGAUUGAUGUUUUUACGGUACUCUACAAAAAUAUAUUUAUAUGAUCUCAUUUUGGUAUAUGUGUAAUUGA